GGGAGUGAAGACGAUAAGGAAGCAGCAGAGAAAGAGUGGGUGGACAGAACAGAACAAAACAAAACAGAACAGAACAGUUAUCUGAAUGGCUACCUCAGUAUCACUUCCCUGCUUCUCUCACACCCACUCUCACAAUGUUAAGUUACAACUGCAAAGAAGGAGAAUAUCCACCGUUUCCUCUGCACUGGCUGAGACUGCAGCUUCAAUGGCAGUAGCUGUAACUUUCGUUGGUGCAGCAGCUACUCUUAUUGUAAAGAGAUCCAAAACUUCUGAGUCAGCACAGUCAAAGAUUCAAUUCAAAGCAUGUGAAGACUGUGGAGGUUCUGGUAUAUGUUCUGAAUGCAAUGGUGAAGGAUUCGUUCUUAGGAAACGUUCUGGUGAAAAUUCUGAGCAGGCAAGAGUGCAACCCAAGAAUAUGGCUACUCGAUUCACAUCUGGGCUUCCAAAGAAGUGGAGCUAUUGUACAAAAUGCUCUUCUGGUCGAUCGUGUUCAACCUGUGGUGGCAGUGGAAAGCUAAGUUACUAGUUUAGAACUACAUGUUGUCAACCUAGCUCAUCAGUACUACAGACUACACACACGCUCUUGUUGAAGUCACGGUUCAGAAUGAGGCAACAUAAUGAACUCAACGAUUAUUAGUGAUUCACAUCCACUUGAUUUCCUUGAUCCAUUCUGCAUGAAGCAAAGUUCUAUGUAUAUGUAUUUCACUGGAAGUGUAUAGUGUGUUUUUGCUGCAUUUAGAGAGGUGUUGGGUUUACAUAUUUGGGGUCUUGAUAGAAUAGGAUUUGAGUUGAAUUAACAUCCACAUUUUAUAUACUCCUCUCGCAAAUUGAUGGAUGGCCGUUCAGAUUAUAUGCAUACGUGGGUUUUUGCAACUAUAUGUCUUUUCCUUCAUGAAGAAUGGUUAUAGAAAUUGAGUUUCCUUUGACA